GUAAACAUGAAGACGCACAUAAUUCAUUUGCAUGUUUUUUUGACCGCGGGUUUUGUUUGUCUUUCGACUGAACAUUUUAAAACUAAAUAGUCCCUCAUGGCCCGUUUAAUCUGAAGAGUAAAUAGGGCCCAUUUUUCGCUACGGCGACGUUGCUUUUUCCCAUUCGACCGCAUAUUUUUUAAGGUUUGGCACGAAUGAAUAUCAGCGGGAGCAGUGUUGCAAUGUUCCUCAAACGGGUACGUCUGGUCGUCUUCUUUGGAGUGGUGGUUGCAUUACUUCUUGCUUUCCUGUGUGGUACACGUGGGGAGGAUGAUGAAGAUACUAGAGGGGAGAAAGAUGUCGGAGAUGGCAUACAAGAACAACUUGCAAAGGUGGUCCAACCUUUACAAGACAGAAUCAAGGAAUUGGAAAAACAAACUGUUAAAAAAUACCCAGAAGUUCGAUACCUACCUGAAAGUGGCAGGAAAAGGAUUUUGAUAACUGGGGGAGCCGGGUUUGUAGGUUCCCACCUAACAGACAGCUUGAUGAUGCAAGGUCACGAGGUCACCGUGGUGGAUAAUUUCUUCACCGGGCGCAAGCGUAACAUCGAGCACUGGGUGGGACACCCAAACUUUGAGCUCAUCAACCAUGACGUCGUUGAACCUCUCCUUAUAGAAGUGGAUCAGAUCUACCAUCUGGCAUGCCCAGCCUCCCCUCCCCACUACAUGUACAACCCCAUCAAGACGAUUAAGACAAGCUCGCUGGGAAUGCUGAACAUGUUGGGUCUCGCCAAGAGAACGAGGGCCAGGAUUCUACAGGCUUCUACCUCGGAGGUCUACGGAGAUCCCCAAGAGCACCCACAGAAUGAAGAGUACUGGGGCCAUGUGAACCCAAUUGGCCCUAGAGCCUGCUAUGAUGAGGGGAAAAGAGUAGCAGAGACCAUGUGUUACGCCUACGCCAAACAGGACAAAGUGGAAGUGCGCGUCGCCAGAAUCUUCAAUACCUUCGGGCCACGCAUGCACAUGAACGACGGCCGGGUGGUCAGUAACUUCAUUCUACAGUCUCUACAGAAUGAACCCAUCACAGUGUACGGCUCCGGGAAACAAUCACGCUCAUUCCAAUAUGUCAGUGAUCUUGUGAGUGGUCUCAUCAAAUUAAUGAACUCUGAUGAAUCCACCCCUGUCAAUUUGGGAAAUCCAGAGGAACACACCAUCAUGGAAUUUGCAGAAAUUAUUAAAAGUAAAAUUGGCGGUGACAGUGGUAUUAAAAAUGUAGCAGCUGCGGAAGACGAUCCACAGCGGAGGAAACCAGAUAUUAGCAAAGCUAAAAGAAUACUAGGAUGGGAGCCAGUGGUGCCACUGGAUGAAGGACUGAAGAAGACGAUAGACUACUUCCGAGCUGAACUUGAGCAUGCAGAAAGAAUGAAGGAGGUGUCGUCAAAACUAGAGAUCUAAUAUUGAAGGGGCUCAAGUAUCAUGGCUGCAAUAAGUGUCCGGUUGUGACUAGUAUCCUCACUGAUUUGUGCUUAGCAGAAACAAAGUGCUUAGCAUGAUUUUCUGCCCCGUUGUGUUAUGGGUGAAUGAAUGUUUUUUUUUCGAUGGAUGUUCGAAUUAUGGUUAGGGAUAUUUUGUUUUAAUACAACCGAAACAUGUGCCAAAUACUGUGUUCUUGAAGUGUUUCUGAAUGAGCAGUGACGUGCGUGACAUGGCUAGGGACUCGGUGCAACAUACUUGAGCUUUAGUGUUCGAGUCUGACACUUAAGCAAGACACUUUAACCCCUUUUGCUUCGUCCUUGAAACAGGAAAAUGAUAAUGCAUUAGGUCCCAUGUGUUUUGUAGUGGAGUCAGAGAACAACAAACACAUAUUGCUGUAAAGAAGGCAUCUGCAUUUUAUUUACAGCACAGUUGGCAGAAAUAAACCAUUACUUUGACAAGGUUUCAUAAUUCUUAACUGUGACAUGUUUGUCUUAAAUAUUUGCUGCACUGCUUAUUUAUUGACUUUUUAUUGAGCCAUUAUGAUUUGCAUUAAAAUAAUCCAAUACUAAUUCAAUGAAAUACAAUAGAUCUACAUUAUGCAAUUUUUUUUUUUUAAUUUUUAGGAAAAACUAUUUUGGACCAAUUACUAAAGUAAAUAAAUGGAAUACUGCAAAAUGUUGGUGGUACUUAUUAUUUCAAAAGUUUGUUCUUAAGGUGUGGUAUCACUUUUUGAUAUACUAAAUAAAUAUGGAUCAAAUGAAAUGUUCUGCAUCUUAAAAAGUGAAGGUAUUUUGUAAAUUUUGUUGCUGUUAAAUUAUGCAAUCAAAAACUCAAAUUCUUACCUUGUGCCUUGGGGAAUUGGUGGUUCAAACAUCAGCAAUGACUGAAUCUUGUAUUUUGUAAGCUUUUAAAUAUUGAAGCUGAGAAAAAUCAUCUUAGAGAAAAAGAUUAGGCGUUGUAAAUAGAUAGCUUUUCAUAUUAUUAUUAGAUUACUUUUUUUUUUAAUGAUACCUAUUUCAAACCAUUGGAGGUAUUUUGCGAACAAAAUUGGAACCGAACUGGAACCUGGACUGUCCUCUGGUCAGCAAGCACAAUCGAUGCUCUAGCAAUGCUCCGUGAGAGUCUUGGGAAUCCCAGUUGAGUUCCCUGUAAUUUUAUUUUAUUGUAUUAUUAUUUGUGUUGGUUUUGGAGCUUGAUGGGGGGGGGGGUUCAUAUUUGUGUUGAACCUUGAUGUCCGGCCGGGCAAGAUUCUGAAACCCACCUUACCCCCCCCCCCCAUACAUCCCCUUCCUCACCCCCUCUCGUAAUGGUCCUAAUUCUUGGACUUGAAGACCUGUCAUGGGUGACAUCUUUACCGGUCAGAUUUGUCUCGGGGAUCGGUCGGGAUUGAAUCUUGGUUCAGAGCGGGUUUAUGUUCGGAUCGUACCAACAGUCAGUGUGUCCGAAUAAAUAGCGGCUACAUCUUUGGCUACAGAUUUCCGCAUCAUCGUGUGUUGAAGAAUUGUUUGUCCUUAGCAACACACUUAGCAACAGUCGUAGUCGUAAGCCGUAACCACCAGUCGGAGACGGUCCGGGUCUAACUGUGUCUGUAUAUAUUGGUUGUUUUUUUUGUAAAAAGAAUUUGCACCACAGUACUGCUGUUCAUGCACAGUGUCUACAAUCGCUUGGUUUUCUUCAUAAUAUUGUUUUGCAUUUUGUUUCUUUUUUCUUUUAACUGGGUUUAGUAGGGCAUUGGUUUUGUAAUAAUAAAGGAGAAAGAGUUUUCAAAUUUACUUUGACCUGUUUGUUUGAUAUGUGCACAACAUUGGUUAGAUUGAACAAAUGCCAACAAAAUGUUCAAAGAUUUGCACACGACUUAUGUUUUCAGAAAACUAUGUUUAUGUGUUUAAUAAUUCUUAGCAUUUUCUUUGAACUUUCUGUACAGCCAUAAUAUUUUAAUUGAUGAAAUUACAUUGUGAUUUUUAUUUUUUAUUUUUAAUAAGUUAAUUAUUAUUCCCCAUAUUUUCCUGAUCGAAACUAUUGUGAGGAGAUUAUUUCAAUGAAAAAUUAAUUAAA